AUCCAAUAAAAGAGUUAUCUUCAUUAAUUUAUUAGCUUUCUGCUGUGCUCUGCUCUCUCUCUCUCUCUCUCUCUCUCCCUCUGUCUGUUGGUCUAGUAGUUGAAACUAGUAUGCACGUUUUGGGUGAUGUACUACGUUCAGCUACAAGUCAGAGUCGUUUUCUAGGUCCAGAGCUUCAACACCUGCUCCUUGAGUUGCACAGAAUGGCAAGUCACAGAAGAAGAAAGCAGCAUUUCAGCAGAAUCCAUGCCUUCUCAGGUGGGAAAGUAUCAUUCAAUGGUGAACAUUCUCUGAUUGGAGGGCCUGGCUUCUCCAGGGUAGUCUUCUGCAACGAUCCCGAAUGCUUGGAGGCUGGUCUCCUCGGCUAUGAAGGCAAUUAUGUCCAAACUACAAAGUAUACUUUUGCUACAUUCCUCCCCAAAUCCUUGUUUGAGCAGUUCAGGCGCGUUGCCAAUGUAUAUUUUCUCAUCUCUGCGUUGCUGUCCUUCACCCCACUGUCUCCUUACUCGGCCUUCAGCUGUGUGCUACCUCUUGUUGUGGUGAUUGGAGUGACAAUGGGGAAAGAAAUCCUGGAGGAUUGGAGGAGAAAAAGGCAGGAUAUUGAGGUGAACAACAGAAAGGUUAAAGUUCAUCGAGGUGAUGGCAUUUUCGAUUAUUCUAAAUGGAGGGACUUGCGAGUUGGAGACACUGUGAAGGUGGAAAAGGACGAGUUUUUUCCGGCUGAUCUCAUACUGCUAUCGUCAAGUUACGAGGAUGCAAUUUGCUAUGUUGAGACCACGAACCUUGAUGGAGAGACUAAUUUGAAACUAAAACAAGCACUGGAUGUAACUUCAAAUUUACAAGACGAACCUAGCUUCCCGGCUUUCAAAGCCAUCAUAAGAUGCGAAGACCCAAAUGCAAAUCUAUACUCUUUUGUUGGAAGUUUGGAGCUUGAAGAGCAACAGUACCCUCUCACACCUCAGCAGCUUCUGUUAAGAGACUCCAAGUUACGGAAUACGGAUUACAUUUUUGGGGUGGUUAUCUUCACAGGUCACGAUACAAAAGUCAUUCAAAAUUCAACAGCACCACCAUCGAAGAGAAGCAAGAUAGAGAGAAGAACAGAUAAAAUUGUCUAUUUCUUAUUUUUUGUUUUAGUUUUUAUAUCUUUUAUUGGGUCAAUUUUCUUUGGGAUUGCAACUAGGGAGGACCUAGAAAAUGGCAGGAUGACAAGAUGGUAUCUUAGACCAGAUGAAACUACUAUUUAUUAUGAUCCAAAAAGAGCACCAAUUGCAGCAAUUUUGCAUUUUCUGACUGCUCUUAUGUUGUAUGGGUACCUAAUCCCCAUUUCCUUGUAUGUGUCAAUUGAAAUUGUCAAAGUUCUUCAGAGUACUUUUAUCAACCAGGAUAUUCACAUGUACUAUGAUGAAGCUGACAAGCCAGCACGGGCUCGAACCUCAAAUUUGAACGAGGAACUUGGCCAAGUUGACACAAUACUUUCUGAUAAAACAGGAACUUUGACAUGCAACUCAAUGGAAUUUAUCAAGUUUUCUGUGGCUGGGACAGCUUAUGGCCGCGGAAUUACAGAAAUUGAACGAGCAAUGGCUAGGAGAAAAGGGUCACCUUUAGCCGAAGAUGUUCUGAUAGAGGAAGAGAGCAAUGUUGAGAGCAUUUCUGAGACAAAGCCACUUAUUAAAGGGUUUAAUUUUAUGGAUGAGAGGAUCGUCAAUGGUAAUUGGGUUAAUGAGCCUCACUCAGACGUAAUCCAGAAGUUCCUCCGGUUACUGGCUAUUUGCCACACUGCCAUACCUGAAGUGGAAGAAGAAACAGGAAGAGUUUCAUAUGAAGCUGAAUCACCAGAUGAGGCAGCAUUCGUAAUUGCAGCUAGAGAGCUUGGGUUUGAAUUUUAUGAGAGAACUCAAACUAGCAUCUCACUGCACGAACUAGAUCCUGUGGCUGGCAGGAAAGUUCAAAGAUUGUACAAACUCUUAAAUAUUGUAGAGUUCAGUAGCUCAAGAAAGCGAAUGUCUGUGAUUGUGCGCAAUGAAGAAGGAAAGCUACUACUACUUUGUAAGGGCGCUGACAGUGUCAUGUUUGAGAAACUUGCAAAAAAUGGAAGGGAGUUUGAAAAGAAUACUAAGGAGCACAUCAAUGAGUAUGCUGAUGCUGGUUUGAGGACUUUAGUGCUUGCAUAUCGUGAGCUUGAUGAAGAAGAAUACAUUGUAUUUAAUGAGGAAUUCACUCAGGCCAAGAACUCACUGAGUGCAGAUCGUGUGGAAAUGAUUGAUGAUGUGGCAGAAAAGAUUGAGAGAGGUCUGAUUCUUCUUGGGGCCACAGCUGUUGAAGAUAAACUUCAAAAUGGGGUUCCUGAAUGCAUUGACAAACUUGCACAAGCUGGAAUCAAAAUAUGGGUUUUGACUGGUGAUAAGAUGGAGACUGCUAUUAAUAUUGGUUUUGCAUGUAGUUUGCUUAGACAAGAAAUGAAGCAAAUAAUUAUAAACUCUGAGGCUCCAGGAAUUAAAGCAUUGGAAAAAGCGGGUGACGAGUCUGCUCUGGCUGAGGCAUCAAAGGCAAGCGUCGUCCAUCAGAUAAACGAGGCAAAGACACUGCUUACAUCAAGUCAAAGUUCAGAGGCAUUGGCUUUGAUCAUUGAUGGAAAAUCUCUGACUUAUGCCAUUGAGGAUGAUGUCAAAGACAUGUUUCUAGAGCUUGCCAUUGGCUGUGCAUCCGUAAUUUGCUGUCGCUCUUCGCCUAAACAGAAAGCACUUGUUACAAGACUGGUUAAGAUUAGAAUAGGUAAGACAACAUUAGCAAUUGGGGAUGGGGCAAAUGAUGUCGGAAUGCUUCAGGAAGCAGACAUCGGAAUUGGUAUCAGUGGAGCCGAAGGAAUGCAGGCAGUCAUGUCUAGUGAUAUUGCGAUUGCACAAUUUCGAUUUUUGGAGCGUUUGCUACUUGUGCAUGGACAUUGGUGUUACCGACGGAUCUCAUCAAUGAUAUGCUAUUUCUUUUACAAGAACAUCGCAUUUGGCUUUACUCUCUUCUUCUUUGAGGCAUAUGCCUCAUUCUCCGGGCAAGCUGCAUACAACGAUUGGUACUUAUCGCUAUAUAACGUUUUCUUCACUUCGCUUCCUGUGAUUGCGUUGGGAGUGUUCGACCAGGAUGUUUCCUCGCAGUUUUGCUUAAAUUUCCCGCUGUUGUACCAAGAAGGUGUGCAAAAUGUUUUAUUCAGCUGGAUUCGAAUCCUAGGCUGGGCAUUUAAUGGGGUGUUAAGUGCCACCUUAAUCUUCUUUUUCUGCGUUUGCACAACCGAGCAUCAAGCCUUUCGUAAGGGUGGGGAGGUUGUUGGCAUGGAAAUCCUUGGAGCGACAAUGUACACUUGCGUCGUUUGGGUUGUGAAUUGUCAAAUGGCAUUAUCAAUUAACUACUUCACAUAUAUACAACAUUUGUUCAUCUGGGGAGGCAUUCUGCUGUGGUACCUAUUCCUUCUGGCCUAUGGUGCCAUGAACUCUGACAUAUCGACUACAGCCUACCAGGUAUUCAUUGAAGCCUGUUCCUCCGCCCCGUCCUACUGGCUGCUCACUCUCUUCGUUUUGAUCUCCACUCUCCUUCCCUCCUUCGUUUACAUCGCCAUUCAAAUGCGGUUUUUUCCAAUGUAUCAUGAGAUGAUUCAAUGGAUCAGAGCUGAUGAGCAAUCUGAUGACCCCGAGUAUUGCCAAAUGGUGCGACAGAGAUCGUCACCCACCGCGGUGGGCUAUACAGCACGCUUGGAAGCAAGAAGCAAAAGCUCAAAAGAGAUCGAAGCCUCAUGAUAAUACAUGAAGAGAUGUGCAAAGUUUUGUAGAAGAGCCAUAUCUAAUCUCCAUGAGUAUACAUCUAAUGCAACUGGUCUUUCACCGGCACCUUGGAUAUGGAGAUUGUACUCCAGCUGGUGCAGCCAUUCUCUCUAAACGUGGAUCAUGGCUAGAACGUUGUCAAUUUCAAUUAAUUGUUAAAGUAGGCAAUAAAAGCUGCACAAUGAUUAUUUUGGUAUUGUGGUGGCUUUGAGGCCUUGGAGUUUCUAUUCAUUUUUCUUUUCUUGGAGAAUUAAGGCAUGCCUGAAGUGUAUUAUAAAACAUAAUUGAGGUUUAGUCUGUAUGAAUUCUUUCAAUUCUCAACUGCAUUGAAGCUGCAGCUGCAAUUUUGUCUUCCCCAAGACCUUUAUUAUGAUAUAUUAAUGUUUUUCUGUUU